GGUUGCUAGAAAUGUCACCUCUUUGCGGUACACACAUGCAGAGUGAGCAGCUUCAGAGGGUUUGUGUUACUGUUGCUUUGAGUAAGGCAGCAUGCUUUGGAACUCUGGAAGGGCUUGUGGAGCUGGUUUGGGGAUAUUGCUGAUUUUCUUAGUUCAAGCAGAGCAUGUGUGCUGUUCAUGGGCUACACAAACAUAUAGCCCCCAGAUGCGCAACGGUAACAGAUAUGUUGGCUUUCCACAGCAAGAUGGUAGACUAAGAAGACUGGAUGGCAGCUAUUCCCAGGAUCAAAUCAGACAGGCCUUCAUUUCUCCACGUGUAGCUCACAGCAGUAGCCUCAGCACAGGGACUACAGUUAACAGAGGCUAUAGUGAAGGGCUUUCUGCUAGCAGCUAUGAACAGACUGCUUCAGAACCAGCCCGAAACUUGGUAAGGUUAGUACAGAGCAGCUUGAUGACAAAACCUAACUGGUACACAAAUGUGAAGAGCGUUAAUUCUCAAGAGGUGCCAAACCGCUCCCCUUUUAGACUUUCUGCUGUUGCAGGUAGGAACUCGCUGAAUAGACUUGGUGAAAACCAGAACAGCCUUCCUGAUAGCAGAAAGGAAAUGACUUGGCCAUUUCAGCGUGGUACACUCCAAACUAGCAAGGCUGGAUCCAGCAGCUCUGCGUCUCUUCAAACUCUUACAGGAAGCUCCUCUUUUAAACCAGCCUCUUUCCAGAAACCCGCCAGUGCUGUUGUACGGGGGCAAACAUCAGCAAGCGCUCCUGCAAAACGGGUCACUCAACAUAAGUCUGAACCUUUGGGUAUCUCUAGAGACUUCGCUGUCCAUGGAUUUGGGGAGACAUGGCUUCCUGUGAAUACUGGAAACACCCAAAUAGGCUACAUGCCAUCUUCCACUUCGAACAUGAUGGUGAGCUACAAACCCAGCUACACCUUCACAGACCAGAGGCCCACCAGUAGCAACCCUCAAGCACCAUGGGGAAUCAGGAAUCCAGCUCAGGAACUUCAUAGUCUGCCUGCCUAUGGAAGUAACACGGUGGGAAAUUUGGCUCAACGCUUUGCUCCAACCAGGAUCUAUGAGGUCCCUGAACACUUUGGAGGCUAUGCUAUCAGACGGCUUGGUGACGAAGAGGUUGACCAGGUGCCACAAACUACCACACCUCCCCCACAGCAGAUGGAAUAUCUCAACCCAAGCAAAUCUGAGCAUCCGUAUGCCAAAUGGAUGAGAAUCAAGUUGCGUCCAAGAUACUAGAAGGGUCUCUCCUAUCAACAGGUGCAGCAAGAAGACAUGACUGAACAUUUUCUUAAAUAAAUUAUUGAAUUGAAA